UUUAUUUACUUGAGUAUUUGUUCGUACGUUGGUUUUUUUUUGUUUGUGGCGGUGGUUCGCAAUGAUGACGUGACCGCGAGAGAGCACCGGUAACAAAUGUAUAUAAACAAUAAAAAACUGCAAAGGCAACAUAAUCAAAGAAGAAAGUGAGCGUGCAGCAGAGUGAAUUAUAACAAGAACAACAUGGUUUGUUGUUAUUGUUCUCAUGGAGCGAGAGAGUGUAUAAUCAAACUAACACUUUAAGGGGAAAGUGCGGCGAUAAUAGCGAAGACGGCGACUUUAUCUUCGACACUUCAUACGAAAAUAGCAAAUAAACUGAUUCAGAAGUAAAACUAACGUGGCCGAGAGUAUUCACUGUUUACAUUGCUGCAAAUAAGAUUUUAAAGAAUAAAAAAAAAAUAAAACGGGUGUGCACCAAACAUUCUAUUUUUUAUUUCUGUGAAUAUAGUAAAAUAAAUAUUUUUUACCGUUUAAUUCAAGUAUAAUUCAACGCAAUAAAUUACAACGUGUGUGUGUGUGAGACAGUUAAUGCCAGUUAGGACAGAUCAUUUCAAUCGUAUAUCUGUAUAAAUUGAGCAUAAAAACAACUAUAAUUCAGCAAUAGUAAAGCAUAUCUAUAAAAGAAUACCUAAGCAUUGGCCCGAAGACCAAAACUUCCCAGCAAUAGCACUACAUAUUGUACAACAAUAACAGCAGUUCAAAGAACAAUUACAAUAAAUAAAGCGAGGAGAAGGAAAUAAGUACUUCAGAAGUAACAGGUCGCUGGUGAAUCAACGGAUUCUGUAUUUAUUACAUCACACGCGUAAACGACUUUGCUUCCUGUCUGGCAUCCUUAUCGAUUGACAUACAGACGUGCUGAAAAUGUUUAUCGAAGAUGACGCACAAAUGGAAAGCUUCUGGGUGCAGAGCGCGAUCGGUGCUAUCAAAGUGCUCGCUUUUGUGUGUGAUAUAAUCACGUUGCCGGUAUAUUUGGUGUUGCAGCGACCGUGGAAGCGAAGAGAAGAGUCGCGACGCGUCAAGGCUUUUCCAGUUAAGAAAUUUGGCGCCGGCAUGGACGAGAAGCCGAGAUAUGCCGCAGAUGACAUUGAGGCGCGUGUUGUCAGUUCCGAUGAGCAUUCGUUGACCUAUCGCACUAUUGAACCGCCCCGCGAGGUACACGUGAAGAUGCUGCAAAAUAACAUCGACACACUGGAGAAGAUGUUCAACUAUGUGGCUAAGGUGCAUUCGAACAAACGUUGCCUGGGCACUCGCCAAAUCCUCAGCGAAGAGGAUGAGGUGCAACCGAAUGGACGCAUCUUCAAGAAGUACAAUAUGGGCGAGUAUAAGUGGAAGAAUUUCAUUGAGACCGAUCGCAUGGCUACGUCCUUCGGUCGCGGCUUGCGCGAAUGUGGUCAGAGCGCCCGACAGAAUAUUGUUAUUUUUGCGGAGACGCGCGCCGAAUGGAUGAUUGCGGCGCAUGGUUGCUUCAAGCAGGCGAUGUCCAUUGUAACUGUAUAUGCCACACUAGGCGAUGAUGGCGUGGCACAUUGCAUCAGCGAAACGGAAGUCACCACAGUGAUUACGUCGCACGAGCUGUUGCCCAAAUUCAAGCAGUUGCUGGAUAAAUGCCCCAAUGUAAACACCGUUAUCUACAUGGAAGAUCAGUUGCAUAAGACCGACACAACGGGCUUCAAGGACGGCGUACGCGUACUCGCUUUCUCUCAAGUUGUGCGCAUGGGACAGGAGAGCAAGUUUGAGAGCGUUCCACCCAAACCCGAGGACACAGCCAUUAUUAUGUAUACUUCCGGCUCGACAGGCACACCGAAGGGUGUGUUAUUGUCUCAUCAAAAUUGUAUUGCCACAAUGAAAGGUUUCUGUGACGUGGUGACCGUGAAGCCUGACGAUGUGCUGAUUGGCUUCCUACCGCUGGCGCACGUGUUUGAAUUGCUCGCCGAGAGUGUUUGCCUGAUUACCGGCGUACCCAUUGGCUACUCCACGCCACUGACUCUAAUUGACACCAGCAGUAAGAUUAUGCGCGGCAGCAAAGGUGAUGCGACCGUCUUGAGACCCACAUGCAUGACUUCAGUGCCGUUAAUCUUGGACCGCAUCUCCAAAGGCAUUAACGACAAAGUUAAUUCCGGUUCUGCCUUCAAGAAGGCGCUCUUCAAAUUUCUGUAUCAGUACAAAGUGAAAUGGACGAAUCGUGGCUAUCAGACGCCGUUGGUUGAUAAAUUGGUUUUCCAGAAGGUCUCAAAAUUGCUUGGUGGCCGCGUGCGUUUGGUGCUCUCCGGUGGUGCGCCACUCUCACCCGAUACACAUGAACAAAUCAAAACAUGCUUAUGCGUAGAAGUAGUACAAGGUUACGGUCUAACGGAGACUACAUCGGGGGCCACGGUUAUGGACAACCGUGAUAUGACUUAUGGUCGCACUGGCGCACCACUGACCGUCUGCGACAUACGUCUAGUCAACUGGGAGGAGGGCAGAUAUCGUAUUACAAAUAAACCAUAUCCACAGGGCGAAGUGCUAAUAGGCGGUGAUUGUGUGUCGAAAGGUUACUACAAAUUGCCCGACAAAACUGCUGAGGAAUUUUUCGAGGAGGAUGGCAAACAGUGGUUUAAAACUGGCGACAUUGGUGAAAUUCAUCCAGAUGGUGUACUUAAAAUCAUUGAUCGCAAGAAGGACUUGGUUAAGCUGCAGGCCGGCGAGUACGUGUCACUCGGCAAAGUCGAAUCCGAACUGAAGACUUGCCCAAUUGUGGAGAAUAUCUGCAUUUAUGGCGAUCCAACCAAACAGUUCACCGUCGCAUUGGUGGUGCCCAAUCACAAACAUCUCGAAGAAUUGGCCGAACGCAAUAGCUUAAAGUCCAAACCUUUCGACGAGUUAUGCACGUCGCCUAUUAUGGAGAAGGCGGUCCUAAAAGAACUAUCCGAACAUGCCAGGAAAUGCAAAUUGCAAAAGUAUGAAGUGCCCGCAGUGCUAACGCUCUGCAAGGAGGUUUGGUCACCUGACAUGGGUCUCGUUACAGCCGCUUUUAAGCUGAAACGCAAGGAAAUACAAGAAAAAUACCAACAAGAUAUCAAACGCAUGUACGCAUCAUGAAAGUCAGUGUACUGAAUUGUGAUGUCGUCGAACAAAACUUAAAAUUUCUGUACAUUUUUCUGGCCAAUUGCGCUGCAAGCAAGUUAGAAGUUAAACUAAAUUUUAAUAUUUCAUACUUAAUGAAAUGAUUACGGCAAACAAAAAUGCAAAAGCAAAAUUGUCAUGGUUUGUUAACGGAGAAAUGUACAACACUAAAAAGAGUAAACAAAGAAAAAAGAAAAAAAUUCAAAAAAAAAAAAAUAAAUAAAAAGCAAGCGACAAAAAGGCAACAAAGCAGCAAAUGCCGCGAAAUGUGGCAAACAACACAAAUGUUGAAAUGUUGUUGUAAUAUAAAUUAAAACUAGAUCUUUCAGUAACGUUUUCGCAAACGUAUUUUUUAACUAUAAUUAUUAUUUAAAUAGUGUUUUUUUUUUGUAAAUUUUUCUUAAACAUAAUUGAAGUUGUAAUGUGUUUUUAGGUGCGUUAUCACGUUUAUAAAUAUUGUAUAUUGUAUAACGAGUUGAAACAAAUUGAAAACAAUACAAGAAAAAAAAGAGCCGUUAACUAUUUGAAUGCUGCUUUAUUUAAUUAUUUAAAUAAUUUUUGCGCUUAGUGUAUAUUUGAAUUUAAAUAAAUAUAAAAGAAAAACAUUAUGUUAGAGUGACAAGUGCAACACCACAGCACCCGGUCUGCUACGCCGUCGCAAGCACGGCCGGAGGUUCCAAGUUUUAUAUGGCAGCCACAAAAAAGAGUUUUGGCUAAAAUUAUGAUAUUGAAUUU